AUCCAUGCAUCCAUCUGUCUUAAAAAGAGUUUUAAAAUUUUGAUUACAAAACAAUAGUAGUACCAGUUCUAGUUAACCAUUACCCACUGACCCGGCAGUGCAACCCUAGACCCGGGUCAGACCAGACUCAUCAAUCCUCGCAAUAACUUCCACACUGUCUGCGUCUUCUUUCUGAGACCUCGCCGCCGCCGUUCCUCUUCCCGUUCUCCCAUCCACGUCACCUCCCUCCCUCCCUCCCUCGUUCCUUCGUUCUUGUUCUUCUCCGUUUCCGCUCCAUUCGCGUGCACCGUCACCUCCUUGUCCUGACGAUAACCUCGUCACACUGAAGCCUCACCUCCAACUCUUUCACCAUGGCUUCAGCACACAUCAGAGACAUUCUAACUGCUUUCAAUCCUUCUCUCGAUUUCUUCGCCAUAACCACCGGCGACGGUCGAAUUAAGAUAUGGGAUACGCUCAAGGGUCAAGUACAAACCGAGUUCGCGGAUUUCAGUUCAACUCAUGAUACUAAUUUAUUUGAUACAAAAGGACAUCUCUCUGUUGAUUACACAUGUAUCAAGUGGAUGUCUUUUGAAAGAAAGAAGAAAAGGAAACACUCAUCCUCUUUGUUGGUGCUUGGAACUGGUAGUGGUGAUGUUCUAGCACUUGAUGUUUCUGCUGGUCAAUUGUCUUGGAAAAUCAAUGAUUGUCAUCCUGGAGGUGUCAGGGCCAUUUCGUCUCUGGCAAAUGGAUCAACCUUUUAUACUUCAGGUGCGGACGGGAUGAUAUGCGCAAUAGAUUUCACGACAGGAAACCUGCUGGAGAAGUUUAAAGCUUCUUCGAAGGCAGUAACUUCUAUAUCAGUCUCCCCGGAUGGCAAGAAAUUAGCUACUGCAGCAGCACAGUUGAAGAUUUUUAACUGUUCUAAUAAAAAAAAGAUUGAAAAGUUCUCUGGUCAUCCUGGAUCUGUUCGGUGUAUGGUCUUCACCGAAGAUGGCAAGUAUAUCCUUUCGACUGCCGCUGCUGAAAGAUAUGUUGCUGUUUGGAAACUAGAUGGCGCUAAAAAGCAGUCUGCCAGUUGUGUUCUUGCAAUGGAGCACCCUGCUGUUUUUCUUGAUAGCAGGUGCAUUGAUAAAGGAGAAGAUGAUGAGGCUGUGUUAUGUGUUUUAGCCAUAUCAGAAGUUGGUGUUUGUUAUUUAUGGUUUGGAAAUAGUAUUGAGGAACUACGAAAUGCAAAACCCACAAAAAUAUCAUUAUCAUUGGAAGAUAUGUCCACCAAAAAUUACAAAGGCGCACUCCCUGCAAUAUAUGCAGCAAAAUUACAAAGCAUCCAGAAGCCGGCCUCUGGGCAGGUUUUUCUUGUUUCUGGAAUGCUUGUAAAACCAUCUUUUCAAAAUAUUCUAUUGCACUCCGGUACAGACGUGAAGUUGAGUGUCUCUCGUGAUGGCGUUCUUCUUCCAAUGAGUCAAUCUAUAGUCAAGUCUAAGAAGAGGACAGAUGUACAAAGAGUAACUGCACUAGAUCGUGCUAAUGCUGAGGAUGCCUUGCUUCCAAUUCCUAAAGUUUUUGAUUCUCAUGAGAAAGAUAAAUCAUUUCAAGUCAUUUCGGGCAAGGAUGUAAAGGACGAUUUGCUUACAAGUGGCACUGAUUCCAUGGAAAUAGACGAUGGUACUGUCGAAAGUGAGACUGGUGUAAUUAGCAUGGAAGACCGGAUGAGAUCACUAGGAUUGCUUUACAGUGAGAGUGAUUGUGCAUCAAAUUUUGAACUUUGUUCUAAAUUGUUAAAGGGUAUUGAUCUGGAAGCCACUCUUCCAAAGAAAAAGGUAAGAGCAGCUGUUUUGUCUAUGGAACCAAGUGAAGCAUUCAAGCUACUAGAAGUGUUGCUGGUUAUAUGGCAAUCAAGGUCGUCUAGCAGGGAGUCUGUGCUUCCAUGGAUGUACAGCAUAGUAGUUACUCAUGGUCAUAAUGCUGCUGAAGAAUCUGCAACACAUAUGCUUGAUUCGGUGUACAAGAUUACAAGUUCCAGAGCGACAAGUCUUCAGUCUUUGUUACAAUUAUCAGGUCGUCUACAACUGGUUACAUCGCAGAUUGAUAAGGCUUCUCAGAAAAUAAGCCAUCCGGUGAAUGAUCUCCAAACAGAAGAAAGUGAAGACGAGGGUGAAUAUUAUCACGAGGAUGACGACGAUGAAGAAGAUGAUGCAUCCGAAAUAAGUACAGAUGAUGAAAACUAGUCUUCCUUUUAAUGCACGAUUACGAAUUCCCAAUUGUCCCAAUUGAUGCUAACGAAGAUUUGGAGGAAUAGAGAAUAGAUACUGGAUUCCAACCAGCUUUUUGUUCACAAUUUUGUUUACUUUCUCAGAAAAUUUUGGUUAUUCAGAUUUGUUAAAAAAAAACGAUCCUUAGAUUAUGUAAUUUGAUUUGUCAAAACAAAUAGAUUGUGUAAUUUGAGAUUUUACUGAUUAAUAGAAGAAAUACAUAAUUGUAGUUCA